GGCAGAAAGCUCCAAAGCAGACUACAGUACGUCUUCAACGUGUUGAAAAUUUAUUAUUGUUAUAUUGUGUUGAAGAUAUAUGUCAGUGGUCACCAAUAACCCAUGAAUCUACAAAAAACGGUAACAACAUUUGCAUUUAUAUAACAAUUAUUUUUGAAUGACGUUUUGAGCUGACUAGCAUGGAUGUUUUGAAACCCACACUGAUUAAUAUCAAUGGUAGGAUUUACCGCAAGAAUGCUGUGGAAAUGCCUCAAUACAGACCAGAUGAAGAUGAGGAUUUAUUCAUUGCUGAUGAUGACAUGUAUAUGGAUGAAUCAUGUGACGUAUUACCCAUUGAAGAAACUAGUCGCGGAUACCGACUAGCCUUUGAAAUUCCCACUGCCUUCUUCAGCUUUAUCAUUGGAAAGAAAGGACAAACCAAACAAAGAAUAGAAAGAGAGACUAGGACACAAAUACAGAUACCAAAGAUGGGAAAGGAUGGAGAUAUAGUGAUAACUGGUAAUGAAAGAAAAAGAAUCGUAUCUGCAAAGACCAGGAUAGAUGUCUUGAUUGACUCCGCCAGACAGAGGCAACAGUUUACACAUUUUCUGUCAGUGCCACUGAAUAGUGAACAAGUUAAAAAUGGUUUUGAAGAGUUUAAACUAGAUGUGUUGAGAGAGUGUUUUGGGGACCGUGGUUUGGAUGAAACUCUUUUUCAGAAUCCAGUCAAGUUACAUCUAACCAUAGGAACACUAGUAUUGCUCAAUACUAAAGAAGUGAGUCAGGCUGCUGAAAUAUUGAAACAAUGUGAAGAGGAAAUGAUAAAACCAUUGUUGAAAAGUGAACCAUUACUGAUAGAUGUAGAAGGCAUUGAAUAUAUGAAUGAUGAUCCAAGUGAAGUGGACGUAGUGUAUGCCAAAGUUAGAUCAAAAGACGGCUCUAAUAAACUGCAACACAUUGCAGAUAACUUGGUUGAAAAAUUUGGGUCUUCUGGAUUGAUGCAAAAAGACUAUGACCGUGUGAAAUUACACUGUACUGUAAUAAAUACUUUAUUCAGAAAAGACCCAGCAGCAGGAGGAGUGCGAGGAAGCGCAGAAAGAAAUCGAGAACAGAGAGGAAUAAAAGAGAGAGAAUCAUUUGAUGCCAAAAAGAUUUUAACAGUUUUUGAAAAUUAUAAAUUUGGUGUUCAUCAUAUCAGUUCUAUUCAUAUUUCACAAAGAUACUCUACAAGUUCUGAUGGAUAUUAUGCUUGUUCUGCAUCAAUUUCCCUACCCUAAAUUGAUUUAAGCCGGACGUUGUAAUUGGACAGUAUUGGACAAUAUUGAUUGCAAUAUGGUGGAUAGCCAAUCACAACCAUACUUUGAAAGAAUAUUCCUGUGUAUCACAUAAUACUAAUAACACCACAGGUUAUAAGAAAUUGAAAAUAGGGUCAGAAUAGCAUGCUUAAAAAAUGCAUGCUUUCUGGCGUGUAUUUACAGUCACGCAUUUACUUUUUUUUGCGAAUAACCUACAAUAAUUCUUAUGUGUCAGCACCAAAUACAGUGCAACUACAAAUACAAUACACUACCUAUCCUAAUGCUAGGUAUUUUUGUCAUUCUAAACAAACAAAGGAGGAUCUACUUUUAAUGAAUUUACGAAUGGGCAAUUUAUGGAGUAAGGAUUGUUAUAUUGUUCGUAUCACUUGACUUCGUACAACGUCAACAUCAUUAGUAAGUUUUAAUGUCAAAAUAAAGAACUGGAUAUAUUUAAAACACUAAUUGUACCGUAAUAAUCAACUCAAUAA